AUGGGUGUGUUGACAAUUAGAUUCCUCUGUGUUCUUUUCUUGCUUUCUCUGCUCCUUGUUUCAAUUAAGGAAGAAAGAUACAUGUACAUUAGGACAUUUAUGAAGUUGCAGGAGGUGGCAUGCACCAUCAGACCUAAGGAAAACAUUUAUAAGAGGCCUAAGGAAGAAAGAGAAAAUGAGUGUGUAUAUGCAGAGAUGGGGAGGGUGGUGGAGGGGAGAAUUUGCGAGUCACCGAGCAUUGAGUUCCAGGGGCCGUGCAUCAUCCGAAGCAAUUGCGCCAAUGUCGGCAAGACGGAGGGCUUCGAGGAUGGCCAUUGCGAAGGCAUCUGGCUCAUCUGCAUGUGUACCGAGCAAUGCUGA